AUGUCGCAUUUGGUAUUACUACUGUUGGCAUAUUUUGGAAGCUUAUUGGUCAAUUUGGCUCAUGCUUAUUCGAUAGGAGAUAUCCCAUUUGACCUCUCCACCAUCGAUACAAAUCAACAAGCCAUAGUUGAGUUCGUUGGAACUCAAAACAACAUUGUUGCACAAAUUACUUUUAGUGGGUUUUCCGGAUCGGCCACUCAAAAGCCAACAACUUUGGUGAAUGUUGUUGUAGUAUCAGGUCUCACCGACCCUACAGUAAAAUAUCCAUAUCAUAUACAUCAAAAACCGGUUCCGUCUGAUGGAAAUUGUACUGGAACAGGGCCUCAUUUCGAUCCAAAAUUUGCAAAUCACGGUGAUGGGACCUAUGUAUGUAAACCAGCGGAUCUCGCAAAUUGCGAAGAAGGCGAUUUAAGUGGUAAAUGGGGACCUCUUAUUGGUGCCAAAAACGGACUUGUCACACCUCAGUUAUAUUUCGAUGAAUAUUUGAAUUGGAAAGGUGAAACAACUUCGUUCUUGCAUCGUUCUAUAGUUAUUCAUAAUCAGCAGGGAACACGUAUUGCUUGUGCUAAUAUUACUCAUUUGGGUUCUCCGAUUAAAGAUUAG